AUGGUACAGCUAGGCUCCAGCGGCCCUAGUCUGGCAACCCCAGGGCCCAAGUAUGGACAUCUUUCCGAGGUUGACCCCAACUUUGCUCUUUUGAAGGACGAGGUCGACAAAAGCUUUGCAAAUCUAUGGGCGCUUCCCUUGGAAGAGUUCAAGGCUGCAUGGCUGAGUGCGCCAGUCCCAUUGCCAGACAAUGCACCCGAACCAGGGAAGGACUAUCAGGUUCUAAACAAGGAGGCUGUGGUCAGGGACGGUGCCCGAAUAGGUCUGAAGAUAUACAAGCCUCAAAACUCCAAUAACGAUACAGUGCUGGUUCUCAAAAGCCAUGGCGGAGGUUGGGUAGUUGGUAGCCACGAGGUCGAGGAGGUAGAUAAUCGCUUCCUCGCUGCCAAAGCCGGUGCGACGGUGGUCAGUGUGGACUAUCGUAUGGCACCUGAGUAUAAGUUUCCAUACGCCAUCAAUGACUGCUUUGAUGUGCUGAAGUGGUGCAAAUCACACGCUUCGGACCUAGGGAUCAACCCCGACAAGAUAGUCGUCGCUGGGGGAAGUGCUGGAGGCAAUAUUGCUGCUGUCCUCGCACUCAAGGCUCGAGAUGAGGGUGUUACGGGAAUUAUCGGCCAGAUUUUGAAUAUUCCUGUCACUUGCCAUCCGGAUCUCUUCCCGUCAGACAAGUAUGAAGGCGGCAGCUACCGGCAGAACAAAGAUGCGAGUAUCAUUGAUGCACCCAAGAUGAGGUGGUUCUGGGAUCAGUACCUGCCAAACGUGCAGCCCGAUCCUUAUGCGAGUCCAUUGCUGGCAGAAGACCUCAGCAACCUACCUCCAGCUCUUAUCCAGGUCGCUGGUAUGGAUCCGCUUCGAGACGAAGGCCUUGCAUACGCCGAAGCACUCAAGGCUGCCCAGAACUCGGUGACGGUAAACACAUUCAAAGGCCUCCCUCACGGCUUCUAUUUCUUUCCUCAACUUCCGCAGACGCUGGAGUUUUGGGACAACUCGGUCAAGUUUGUUAAAGAUCUCGCGGCCAACGCGUAG